AUGCGUUUACUCGAAAAACAACUUCGUGAAGAAGUAUUAAAUCGUUGUCUUGAAUUUUUGGAUGUAACAAUUAAUUUUAUACUUUAUUCUGAAUAUAUUUAUCCCAGUGAACUUUUUGAACGUCGUCAAAAAUAUGGUUUAAUUUUAUAUGAAUGCGUAGAUGAAGAUGUUCAACAAUAUAUCUCUCUCUGUGUUGAAUCAGCUAAAACAUUUCUUCAAUAUCAACUAUUAGAUAUGAUAUCUGUAGCCAUUAUUCGUACAAAUGAUGAUGAAAAUACAGAAUUUAUAUUACGUCGCUAUUUAAUCGAAUUGCAUCCUCUAAUUGAUCCUUGUCUUCGUAGUAUUCACACAAAUAUUGAUUCUAUUGUUAAAGAAUUAGAUACUUCAUUUCGUUCAUGUUUAAUUGAAAUAAUGAAACAGAAACCGAUUCACUCGCAAUUAUUAGAACAAAUUACAUGGAAAUUUCAAAUGCGUAGUUGUUCUCAAUCAAAAAAUGCAUCAUUAACGUCUACAUCUGCAUCAUUUGAACACAUAUUAAAUAAUGAACAUUUAUUUCGUGAAUUUUUACUAUUAAAUGUUAAUAAUCAAUUAGAAACAAAUUCAGAAUUAUGUAAAAUAACACCGGUAAAGUCCAUACGAACGCAGCGAUUGACUGUACAAUUAAUGUGCGAAAAUAAUCUACAUCAACAAAAUAAAUUCAAAGAAUAUUUACAAUCAAUUGCAGAAAACGAAGGAAAUGAAACAAUACAACGAAAAAUUAGACUCAGUAGUAGAACUAGUUCAAUUUCUCAAAAAUCAAUAACUGGAACUAAUCUAGGACAAAAAACACAAAAUCAGAAUGUAUCGAUUGAUCAAAACACAACAACUACCGCAACGUUAGCACCAAUUUUUGAAGAAGAAAAUUCGUCAAGUAUGGCACCAUCUAAUUCAAAAAUACAAAUUUCCACGUCUCCUGACGUAAUAGAAUCGUCGAUAAAAAUUCGAAGUGAUGAUAAUAUACAUCCAAGUCCAUUCGUAUAUCAAAGAAAAUCGAACACUUUUUUUCCUUCUCUCUCUACACAUAUAACAUCUCAAAAUGCACAGCAAGCACAGAUUACAAGUGAAAAACCGUUAAAAGAUCAGAGGGAUGAUUCAGAUCUUGAUGUCGUGAGUGCUUCAUCGGAUGAUGAAACAACGAUCUAUGACUUUAAUGGCGGACAGCCAUUGACUACCAUAAAUAAAGAUGACGGACAAGCACAAGAAGAAGAAGAGUUAGACAUAAUUCUGUCUAGUCCAGAUGUUAUACCAUCUAGUUUACAAUCAAAUAUUGAAUUAGAAUUGAUAGAUGACAAAGAUGCAUUUCAGUCAUCAUCUUCAGAAGAUGGAACUGAUAAUGAUGAUCGAGAUGUGAUACUACUGGAUGAUGACGAUUGA